AUGUCGUCCAGGAAGCUGAUAGCCGGAUCUGGACAUGAUAUGAGACCCGCUGGGCGCGCUUCAUCCUACGGCCUGAGCGUUGCCAGUGCUGACCUUGCUUGCAAAUGCAAAAUCUGGGCCGAUACGUCUACGGCAAUCCAGCCAACCUCCAUGCUUAGCGCACCAACGGGCCAGUGCGGAUCAGAGGUUGCAGCGAUAAUCAUCGAGCAGGUGAGGGAUUGCUCGGCAUUGGCAAUAGUGGGUGAUUAUAGCAGCGCUAAUGACCGCAAACGCUGGGCUGUGGUUUCCAUGGAAUGCUCUCUAGUCGUCGGCCGGUCGUGGAGCGACAUCUCCGCUUACAAUUCCGUCUCGGAGCCGCCGACAGUCCGAACCAAUGUCUACAGUACCGUUUUGCCUGAAAAGCAAUCCUCUCUCGACGUCGUCAGGGUGCACUCCCCAGCAGCGAAUUACAAGCAAGACCCUUGCAAUGCCACAUGCGCCGCCGCCAACGUGGCUACCAUCUCUCUGACGAUGUCGAUACUCUGGCUUUAUGAUGCGUACAAAGAAGAUACGAUCCCUGCACCCGGCCUGAAGAAAUCUCUAUGGACGAUAGACGCAAGGAGACGCCUAAGAAUUGAUCGCCCAGGAGAUACAGCUUGUUCAGAGGAUGGAUCCAUUCCGUUUGCGUACGCAGAGGGCGUUGCGACAUCGUCCUUAAAUGGACGGGUCUCGAGUGCCGCUGCGUAUGACCCAAGAAUUUUCGAAGGUUAUCCCAUGAAUGCUGCUAUUAUAAGAUACUGA